UGGUCGCACCACAUCCUGGCAGGGCGCGCUGCAACCUCCAGCAGCGGGAACCGGGAUGGGGGGACAGCCGUGACCUGCCGUCGUGCCGGCGAUGCCACGGCACCGGGAUGCUUCUUGGCUGCGCUCGGAAUUCCUGACACACCGGCAGCUGCGGAAACCGCGCGUUUUCUGCGGGAAAACAGCCAGACCCGCGGGGGGCGCGGGGGGCACCCGGCACCGCACCAACCGGGGCCGCUCCGAGCGCCGGCGGCGCGUCUGUGCCCGCGGCCACCGGGUGUCACCGCCCCGGUGAGCGCGGCGGGGCCGGGCCUGGCCGGGCCACCCCCCCGGGCCGGCAGCGGCGGCGAGAAGGGACCGGCGGCGGAGGGGCCGCGGCGGCGAAAGGAUGUAUGGAUUUAUAAACACAUGCCUGAAGUCUUUGGUGGUUGAAAAGUAUGGUGAAGAAACAUGGGAAAAAUUAAGACUGCAGGCUGGAGUCCAGGAUUCUUUCUUGACUUUUGAGGUUUACAAAGAUGAGAUCACAAUGCAGCUUGUCGACAAAGCCUGCAAAGUAUUAGGUGUUCCUGCUGACUUGGUUCUGAGAGAGUUUGGAAAGUAUUUCUUUGAAUUCUGUAAGCGCUCAGGCUAUGACCACAUGCUGAGGACACUGGGUGGAAAUCUCUAUGAGUUCAUAGAGAACCUGGAUGCAUUGCACAGCUACCUGUCCCUAUCUUACCAGGAAAUGAAUGCACCAUCUUUUAGAGUAGAAAAGAAUGAAGAUGGGUCAAUGCAUUUACACUACUAUUCAGACAGAAGAGGUCUGUGCCAUAUUGUACCAGGAAUCAUUGGUGCAGCAGCCCUGGAUUUUUUUAACAUUGAGAUUUCAAUGAAAAUAGUCAAUCAAACAGAAGAAGAGGAAAGAACUGGGAAAAAAGAACAUAUUGUUUUUCUUGUCACUCAAAACCCUGUAUUUCCAUGCAAGGAAAGAAAUGAAAUUUCUUCCUCACCUCAAUGUCUUGUUGACUCUGAAAAACAAAGUGAGAGCCAACUGAAUAAAGAGGACCUUGAAAAAGCCAAGAAUACAGUGGGAGACAGAGGAAACUCUGUCUGUCCUGUUAAGAAAAGUCACUGGAAAACAUUAAGAGGAAUAAUUGCAUUAGGAAAAGGUAAGCUCCUGAGAGGAUUUGAUCCUGUUUAUCCCAAGAGCCUCUGGAUUGACACAAAAACAUUUUGCAAUGGACUUCCUUUCCAUAUGGUUUUUGACAAAGAGCUCAGAGUGAAGCAAGCUGGGGUGAGCAUUCAAAAGAUUGUACCUGGCGUUCAGACCAUGGGCAUCUCCUUGGAUCAGUACUUCAGGAUCGUUCACCCCGAAGUACCCUUCACCAUCUCCAGCAUCCAGAAAUUCAUCAACAGCCAAUUUGUUUUCCAGACUAGAAGAGAGAUGAUGCCAGAGUCAUGGAAACAACGGCCAAUGCUAGAGCUGAGAGGGCAGAUGAUGUGGAUGGAGUCCCUGCAGUGCAUGCUCUAUCUCUGCUCGCCUUUGCUUCGCACUUUGCACGAGCUGGAGGAGCGACAGAUGCACAUUGCAGACAUUGCACCUCACGAUGUGACCAGGGAUUUGAUCCUUCUCAAUCAGCAGCGGCUGGCAGAGAUGGAGCUCUCUAACCAGCUGGAGAGGAAGAAGGAGGAACUGCGGAUACUGUCAAAGCACCUGGAGGAAGAGAAGAAGAAGACUGAAGCUCUGCUCUAUGCUAUGCUUCCCCAGCACGUGGCCAACCAGCUGAAAGAGGGGAAGCGAGUUGAGGCAGGGGAGUUCCAGGAGUGCACUAUAUUGUUCAGUGAUGUUGUGACCUUUACCAACAUCUGUGCCCAAUGUGAGCCUAUUCAGAUAGUUCUCAUGUUAAAUUCAAUGUACCUGCGAUUUGACAGACUGACCACGGUGCAUGACGUGUACAAGGUGGAGACAAUUGGAGAUGCCUAUAUGGUGGUAGGUGGGGUCCCUGUGCCUGUUCCCACUCACGCUGAGCGAGUUGCUAAUUUUGCCUUGGGGAUGAUAAUUGCAGCUAAAGGAGUACAGAACCCAGUUUCUGGAAAUCCUAUCCAAAUUCGAGUUGGGAUCCAUACAGGUCCUGUCUUGGCUGGAGUUGUUGGAGAAAAGAUGCCUCGUUAUUGCUUGUUUGGAGACACAGUGAAUAUUGCUUCCCGGAUGGAGAGCCACGGUGUGCCCAGUAAAAUACAUCUGAGCUCCAGUGCCUAUCAGUGCCUAAAAUACAAGAAUUUCGAGAUUACUGAGAGAGGAGAAAUAGAAGUAAAAGGCAAAGGGAAAAUGCAUACAUACUUCCUCAUUAGAAAUAAAACUGCAACUGAGAAUGAGAUUAUGGGAAGGCCAAUGAAAGACUUAGAUUCUGGCCAUGAAUCUGUUCAAUCUUUUCAAGAAGGCAGGACUGAAACAAUACCAAGUUCUCAUCAGCCAGUUACUCAGACUCAGCCAGAGAAGGACCAGACCCCAGCUAUUGCAAUGAAGUAUGUUGAUGGUCCCACAGAUGCCCAAAACAGCCUCCAAAGAAGAAAUCAAAGGAAAAUUGCAGAUUUAACAGGUCUUUUGCUGGGCAAAGGAAUUAUGCAGUAGAAGUGCAGAAUAGAUCUAAUACAACCUGUAUUUUUGCAUCCUGAAAGGAAAAUAGCAUGUACUUGAUAGCAUCCAACAGUAAAAAAAGCAUCUGUGACCUUUGAACCAGCCGUCCAUGUGUGGUGGGCGCAGAAGGACAUGUAAAUGGUGGAGUUAUGUAGCAUCAAAUUUGUCACAACACUGGAGGACUGCUCAAGGCCUGUGCACUAUUUGAGACCUUCAGAUGAGUUUCCAGUUUAUUACUCAUUUUGUCAAUCCAGCUAAACAAAAGUAAAGUUUCAAGACUGCAGAGGGAGCCUGUCAGUGCUGGAACUAAUGUUGCUAACGUCAUUGAGAACAACAGCGUUGAAGAUCAACAUCACUUACCUGGUGUCAGAGGCUGCUCAGCUGAAUUACUUCCAUGCUGAUAUAUUCUUAGAUUAUGCCUGAUCAGAAAUGGCAGAGAAAAAUUGAAGUUCAACUGUCAGGGAUUUCAGACACAGGAGCAAAAAUACAAUGGAUAUAACAGCUGUGGACAAUUCAGUGCAUCAUAAAUUGUGCUCUCACUCCUAUAAAUGGAGCUUGGACUAGGUGGGUGACUUUGACAGGAGAUGCAUCCUGCACACUGAUUUAUUACCUUUGGGCUUGGAUUCCUUGUCUAAGGGUGCCAGCGUGAGACCAGUUUGAACUUUGAGCAAGAACUCACUGGAGAAGGUGGUUGCUCCUCUGUAACAGUCUGGAGCAUCAUAUUUCCACCUCUGUGUCCACGGCAAGAGCGAGGCUCUUUAAACGCCAGAUAGAGGUAAGACUGAUGAAAGGCAUCUCCUCCUCUUUAUAGUAUAACAAGAUGAAAUUUCACCUGGUUAGAUUUUUUUUUUUUUUUUUCAAAUCUCUGAGACAGUAGCUCCCUAGUCUGGGUGCUCUACAGCUCUGUCUGCAGGAGCAGACCACUAGAGGAGGAUGCGUAGAGUGAAACCAUCAGUACUGUUGUCCAAACUACAAGUAUUUCAGAGGGUUUUCUGGUGUGGUCCCAUGCACUGAAUACCUGCUAGCUGUUGGAGCACCUUAUAAGCACAUCCUCUGACUUAGUUUCAUCCAGAAAAGAUCCAUUUUUUUGCUCUGAGACCACUCUACAAUGUGAAACAAAGUAAGGUAAGUGGGUUUGCCCAGGAAAUUCACUCAGGAGUGUAGUCCUGACUCUGAUUGAAAUGCUGUUGUAGGCACACCCUCCAACAGGAGCACUUUCCACCGUACAGCUGAGCAGCACUGUUCAUGGAGAAUGCAGUUUUAUGAAUGGCAAGCUUUUUUAUUUAUUUGGAUUUUGCUAUCUGGGCAUUGUUCAUUCUUUGGCAAGGGAGAGAUCUACUGUAGGUUGAUGCUGCAUCUAAGGAUUAUAAUUGUUAAGUUGGGGAUCAAGAUUUCAAGCAUUUGACUGUGUGUUACCCUCAGACACACAAUAUCUAAAUUUCACCUUCAUCCUCAGUAAGUCCUUCCCCCUGUUCAUGGAUUUGUGCUCUUGUAUUACAACCGUAGCUUUAAAAAGACUUUCCUAAAGAGAGAUAAUACCCAAUUUCUCUCUCACAAUGACACAAAUGUGAAAUAACAGUUAAAUCAGCACUAUCCCAUUGAUUGAAGUCUAGAACCAUCUCUGAUGAGAGUCUUUUGUCUCCAGCCUAGAGACAUGUUUCACUACUCUUGACUAGUUGUGCCAAUGGAGUGGAGAACAUGUCAUUUAACAAAUGGCAGUGGUGGACUCCAUCAUUAUUGGCAUUCACUAUGGAAAUAUAAAGCUACUUUAGUCCCAAGCCCAAGUGUGACACAGGACUUUACAUCUCUCAGUGUCCAGUGCUCGUCCAGGAGGGAACAUCCUGCUGUCUCAGCUGCUCUUGCAGUCCCACACCUGCAUGGCUGAAUACCACUGACCACCUCUCUGAGAAAAGGAAUUUCUGGUCAGAAAUUGUCCAACAAGCCUGACCAUCAGUGAGUAGGGUUUAGUAUAUAUUCUGGGGUUUAAUAUAGAUAUAUUAAACUACAGAGUAGUUUUAGGUAGAAGCUCAGAGCUCCUCUGAACUUGUAUGGAUCCUCCUGGGAAGAAGAAAGAAAAGGACCAUGGUGUAAUUGCUGCCAGCAUCUCUCUGUCUUUUAACACUCGCUUUGCUUAUACCUGCCCUUUUUGCACUGAACCAUCUAUGGUUCAUAUUGGAAUGUUUUAAUUGCCAUUGAGUGCUCCAUGGUAAGUUACUUCAUGCUGUACUGUGGUAAAAAUGAUGUGCUAAGUGAUUUCUUUGUGGCCUCUGCUACAAUCUGGUUCUCCUGGAGAUAUAGAGCUAGGUCGAAUCUGCACAGCUGCUUCUGAAAAUUCAUGUGCCUGUGUAUCAUUAUGUGUUCUUAAAUCUGUGGGCACUGCUAAAGACUGCAAAAAUAUAAUUAAAAAAUAAAUCCAUUAAUAUACCAACUGC